AUGUCAUCGUAUGUUGAUAAUGAUUCUUCUACCCGACCACCUAUGUUUGAUAAAGAUGAUUUCAGUGGGUGGAAAGGUCGUAUGUCUUUGUUCCUUGAAUCCAUUGACAACAAUAUGCCUGACAUCCUUGUGGAUGGUCCUUAUGUUCCUACAUCGACUUUUGUGAUUGAUGCUGUGGUCAGGGAAGGUCAACCAACCAUUCCUGCCACAGUCAAAUCCAUUGUUAAGGACAAGACAGAUUGGGGAGAUGAGGAUAGGAGAUUGGCCAACUUGGAUGUGAAGGCACGUAACUUCAUUGUCCAAGCUGUGCCUAAAGACAUUUACCAUUCAAUUAAAAUGUGUUCUACAGCAAAGAAAAUGUGGAGUACAUUGACUGUCAUGUUUGAGGGUUGCUCUACUUCCAUGGAAUCUACCACUACUACUCUCACUAGGAGGUAUGAGAGAUUUUUCUCAUUGAGAAAUGAAUCCUUGACUGACACUCAUACUCGCUUUAAUGCUUUAGUGAAUGAUUUAGCUGCUGUUGGAAUUACUAAGAAAACUGAUGUGUUGAAAAGUAAAUUUCUUGAUUCAUUACCACCUAAAUGGAAUAAUUAUAUUUCUUCUAUGAAACUAAGUUCUGUGUAUCAAGAUCUUGAUCUCCCUGGACUUUUUGGUUUACUUCAUAAUCAAGAAUGUUCAGAAGCUGAGAAACUAAUUGUUGUGGGUGAUUCUUAUAGUCAGCCUGCUAGUGCAAUUGUUGCAUCUAUGACUGAACACCCUAGUUCAAUUUCUAAUGAGAUCAUUCCAUGCAUCAAUGAAUCUGUUCCUGUGAUUUCUAACACAAAUUCUGUUUGUUCUGAAUCUGAUGUUGAUGAAUCUGAUGGUGAGGACCUAGCCAAUGAGGUGGCUUUGUUAGCUGAAAGGAUAAGAAGGAGAUCAUUCAAUAAAUUCAAAGGAAAAGGUAGAAGUGGGCAAGCUGAUAAGACCAAGAAGCCAUUUGACGUGUCCAAGGUCACUUGCUACAAGUGUGCUCAAGACCAAUAUAAGGCCUUGAAAGCACAAGUGGCUGAGCCGAGUAAGAAAGUUGAAAAAGAUGAGAAGAGUUUGAUAGCCAAAGACUGGGCUGAGAGUGCCACUUCCUCUGAUGAUGAGAAGUAUAAGGAUGCCAAGUGCUUUAUGGCUAAAGAAAAGUUUGCUGAGGAUCUUGUCAAGAUUCAACAGCAAUCUGAGUUAGCUCACAAGGCAUCUUCAAGUCAGACUGCUCCACCUGAGCCUCCUUCACCACCCAAAGUCCAAACCAAAGGAGAGAACUCUAAACAAAUUAUAUUGGUUCAGAAGUCUGGUAAUGGUUUUAAUGAUCCUGAGAAAGUUGGUCAAACCAUUGCUGAAGCUGUGUCUGAAUCUGAUAGGUCAAACAAUGGUGAAUCAAAAAGAAAUAAAAGGAAGAUUAGAGAUCAUGUUGUUCUAAAAGAAAAGAGCAAAAUUCUGAAGAAUAAGAAGUCUCUUUCAAAUGGAAAUGUUUUACCAACCGAAUCUGUGUCUAAUCCAAACCACCUCAAAUCUGACUCUGACAAAAUAAUUUCUAAAUAUGUUGAGUCCAGAAAAGGUAAGAUUUCUAAUGACACUAAUUUACUUACAAGUGUGUCUGAUUCAAAUAUUGUUGAUCAAAGUAAAUUAAGGUCUGAAUGUAAGAAAUCUGGAAUAGGCAAAGGUUUGGUUCAAGAGGAAACUCUAAAUGUUGCAAGAAAGAAUUUCAAAUCUGGCAAGGGUCAGGUUAAGCAACAAUGGGUUUCUAAAUGUGAUAAGAAUAUUGGUUCUGUUUCCCAAUCUGAGUCAGACCCUGUGGUCAGCUCUGGUGAACCCAUCCUUAGAGGGGUCCCAAAAUGA